ACCCUCUAUUUUUCUUCCCUUAAUUUGCUAUGAAUCCAUUUUCAAAUUUUGAUGAUGAUUAUGCUGAUUAUGAGUUGAAUAUGAUGCAAGCAAUUGCAAUGAUAUCCGAGGGAACAUCUUCUACACCUCGUCGUACUCCUCAACGUCGUAGGUUCAUCAGACGUGAUUCAUUCGAAGUAGUCUCCCACGAUGAUUAUUUUGUCCAAAAGAGAGAUGCUAGUGGGAGGCUUGGAUUGUCUUCCCUUCAAAAGAUGACUGCAGCGAUUAGGAUGCUAGCAUAUGGGGUCACCGCAGAUCUAAUGGACGAGUACAUCAAAAUCGAAGAAAGUACGGUACGACAAAGUAUGAAGAAAUUUGUUAAGGCAAUUGUCUCAAUUUUUGGCAAUGAGUAUUUGAGAUCUCCAAACAGCAAUAAUAUAGUGAGGUUCUAGAUGCCGGACAAAGACGUGGAUUCCCAGGUAUGUUGGGUAGCAUUGAUUGUAUGCACUGGAAAUGGAAGAAUUGUCCUACUGCAUGGAAAGGUAUGUAUUCUGGUCAUGUAAAUGAACCAACUAUUAUUUUGGAGGCUGUUGCAUUUUAUGAUCUUUGGAUAUGGCAUGCUUUUUUUGGUUUU